AUGGACCCUCCCGUUGGACCUCUCGUGGCCUCCGCCGAUCCGGCAACAGCCCCGUCCCAUACCCCGCUCCACGGCCAAUACACCUCCCUGGUCCCGUUGCAACCGUCGCAUGCGCAGGCCAUCUUCAAGCAUCUCGGCCGGGAAGAAAAUGCUUGGCGCUGGACAUACCUCUUCAAUGAACCUUUCCUCGAGUUCGAACAAUGCGAGGCUGCAUUCAAGGAGUGGAGCGUUUCCAAAGACCCAUUGUACUUCACUAUAUUAUCUGGCCCGGCAUCGGAUCCAUCAUCCGAGCCAGUGGGUGUGAUGGCAUACCUCUCCAUUGUUCCGGCCCACAGACACAUUGAGAUCGGAUGCAUCAUCUUCAGUGAGCAGCUUAAGCAGACGCGUGCUGCCACCGAGGCCCAGUACCUUCUCAUGAAGAAUGCUUUCGAAGGCCUGGGUAACUACAGGCUCGAAUGGAAAGCGAACCAUCUGAACAAGCCGAGCCUCGCAGCUGCUGAGCGGUUGGGGUAUACGUAUGAAGGCAUUUUCAGAAAACACAUGGUUGCCAAGGGGAGGCGCAGAGAUACAGCUUGGUUCAGCAUCACAGAUGAUGAGUGGCCGGUGAUCAAGGGUGGCUUGGGAGCGUGGCUGAGCGAAGAAAACUUUGAUGAGGAUGGUAAACAACGCAGAGGCCUGAAGCAGUGCCGAGAAGCGUUGAAGGCAUGA